UGCACAUUGUAAACCUUCUCUCAGCUUGAUUUUUUUUUUAGGAAGGUCUGUAAAACAAGGAAAGUUGUUGUGUAAAUUAGUAAAUUAUUCUGUACUGAUUCUCUCUCAAGUCAAAACUAUAGGAUUGGGAUGGCGGCAGUUUUUGUCAUCCUCUUUUGCGCUAUAGUGUGUCUAGCGCUUCCUGUUACAUCUAACGGGAGUGAUUUUAAUGCACACUUUUCAGCAUACUUACCAGGAGUAAUACAUGAUGUCUGGCAUGUUUCUGACUUUCCUGGUGCUGCAGAAGAUGGACGUUUCUUAAAUGGGGGUCAUCAGCCUCACACUUUUGAUGGCUUUGCAUCUGGCUUCUUGAUGCCAUAUGAUAUACAGGGUCUACUGGAGAGAAGAAACAGUUUUUCAUUAAGGAUCAUGAACUCAUCUUGGAGUGAUCCAGCAGAUACUAACGUGUUCCACAAAGGAGAGCAGUUGCAUCUGCAGGUGUCUGCCUCGCCUGGCCCUGGUCAACAGCUUUAUGUCCAGUCUUGCCAUGCUUCCUCCUCUCCAAACCCUGCUGACAAACCUGAAGUCUCCCUUAUCAUUAACAAAGGAUGUGUGGCGUCCAAAGAGUCUUUGGUGAAGUUUGUGUCGCGGCAAAGUGAUGCAGUCAAUUUGGUUGUUCGUGCGUCCAGUUUAAAGUCUUCUGAGACUUACCUUCACUGCAGAGUCUAUCUUUCUGAUGUGGGUCUGACUGCUGUCACUAAAUUCUGCAACUAUAACAAGCUCAAAUCAAGAUGGGUUGACCUAGGUGGCCAAAGCUCAGUAUGUGAUUGUUGUGGGAGAAGAUGCAGAAGCUCUGAGCGUCCAGAACUUCCUGUUUCUCUAGACCUGACCGCAGUAGUAAGCACUGGCCCGCUGAUUAUUAAAGAUCCACAAUCUGCACCCCAGGCCACAUUGCUGCCGCCAUCAGACUACAGUGCUACCAAGUCCAGCCCUGCAGCCAGAGACUUGUCUGAUAAAAGAUGGAUCAUGGCAGGUGCCUCUUUCUCUGGGCGCUCAAUGCAAAACAUUGGCAAUGUCUCCCCCUGGCCGUUUCAGCCUAGCUUUGGAGGAGGUGUGGUCAUCGUCAGCCAGGGACUGGGAGGGGAUUUAUCAAUGUGGCUACCAGACAUCAUGGAGCUUGAGUUCCCACCAGUGGUGCAAGUGGGAAUUGGUCAUCCAGAAAAUCCUGCUGUUGAUGUAACCCUUCAAAGUGACAAACCCUUUAGAAAGCUGAAACCAGAUGAAAGCACUGAGACGAGUCAGGUGGUUGCUGUGACUGAAGGAAAAGCUAAAGUAGAAGCUGUCGAUUCACAUGUUGCAGAGGAUGGAUUGGGCUUGUGGCAUCUUAGAGAUGUUGACAACUCCUAUAAGAUUCAGGGAAAAUAUGCUGUGACUGAAGCGCAUCACCUAGACCAGCCUCAAAUGGAUCUCGAAUCUGAAUUUGACUUUCCUUCUAAUGACCUAUUGCUGGUCAAUCCUACACCAGAGAAGCUCUCUGAGAGCACUGAGGAUAAGGGUGAUAUUGUUUUCAGACAGGCUGAGAUGGUCUUUAAAAGCGAUAAAAGAGACAAAUUAUUUGAGCCAGUUCUCUACUCUAAACUAAGUCUGAAACAAGCUGUAGAUGGGUCCAGUUCUCUCAAUUAUGAAGAACAGAAAAGGCCCAGCAUGAGAGAACAGGACAACGAGACUCCACAAUUAGAGCGAGAUAGUGAGAAAAGACAAAAGGAUGAGCGGAUGGAGGACACUUCUAAAAUUAAAGGUCUGGUUUCAUCCCUAUUAGAUCAACUGAGGUCAGUGGACUGGUGAUUAUGAUUUUUAUUAAAGGUCCAUGUGUGUGUUUUCCAUCAUGCCUUGGUGUGAAAGGAUUCUAAAUGGUGUUUACUGAAAUUUCAACCUAAAUAAAAACAUUUUCCUCAUUAAGUUCCUUUGUCACUUAACUUUUAUUUUACAAUUUAAGUAGGAAAACAUGACUUCUAAAUGGUUAUCAUAUGAGUGCAUGGUAAUGUUGAGCCUUUAUCUUGAUAUUGUUAUAAAUGGGUUGAAUCUUGUAUAACUUAAACUGAAAAUUGCUUAACUUAUUGAGUUAAGGGGGGGGAGUUGGUUUUGAGAAGGGUGGAUUUCAGGAACAAAUUUUAAUAAUGACUUUAAAACUGGUCAAAAAAAUACAACACUUGUAUCAUAUGUAGGGUUUUUUUUUUUUUUUUUUUUUUUGCUUGAUUAGUUUAACUGUUAAGUAAUUAGAAGUAGUCAUUAGGCUACCUAUUAAGCCUUCCAGUAGUCUACAGUAAAGUAAAAAAAAAAAAAAUUCUCGGGUGAACACCUAUGCGAAACUUUUGAGAGAAUGCAAACACAUUGAGAGGGGGAAAAAAAAUUAUAUAUAUAUUUAUUCCCCCCAUCUUAUAAUUAUUUUUCCGUCACCAUGUCCCUUUAGGGGCUCUGUAGAGCACAUAUUUGGUAAUCUGAAAAAGUGUGUAUCUGGAUCAGGGGGAUCCAAUCUAAUUUUGCUUUUAAAAAAACCAGCACAGAAGUAAGAUUGCUUAUCUGAUCCUGCAGUAGAACAUGGGAUUUCCAAAUCCAGAUCAUUCUGUUCCAUAUUAAACAUUUUGGACAAUUAGCCCUUGAUCAUAUUUUUUUUUUAAUAGGAAAAUGUAACUAAAUGUCAUGGUAAACUUACCUGGUAAACUUGUUUUUCUUUUUCUGAUGUGCAAAUAUGGCAGACCAUUACAUUAAUAAAAUAUCAGGUCAGAGAAGUAUAGCCUACCUUUUAUGUGAGGUUUCAUUUAUUUUUAAUCUUUGAUUCAUUCAAUGGAUGUUUGUCAGUUUUUUGAGAAUGACCCAUGUUCAUGUAAAAGAAACAUUUUGCUGUAGACUGCUACUGCACCCAGAUGUCGCUGUUGGAUGUUCUGAAUGUGCUGUCAUGUACACCGCAUGCUCGGAGAGCGUGUUUUUUUUUUUUUUUUUCUGUUAUCCUGAAUGCGACCCUGGCUGCUAUUUCCUCCGCUUGAGCUAUAAAGUGCCCGUGCGUUUCCCACGCACCCUCUUUCCCCGGCCACCACACCGUGAGUGUAUAACUCACUGUUCUUCAGUACCUUUAAAAAAGAAAAAAAAAAAAACAACAUAAAAAAUACAAAAUACUGAAAAUCUCAAAAAAUAACUACUUUAAAACAACGUUUUUGAAAAGGGCAAACUUUUUUUUUUUUUUUUAA